AGGCGGUGGGGAAACGAAGUCCUAGUGAGUUCGUUUGCGCAUGCUCGGUGAAUCUCGGUGAAGGUCGCGGUGAGGGAGCUGCGAUGUGGUAUGAGAUCCUGCCUGGGCUUGUCGUCAUGGCCGGUUGCCUGACGGUGCCUGGGCUCGCUACCAUCUACGUUCACAGGUGGACGAACGGCGGUAAGGAAAAGAGGACUGCUCGCUUACCGUAUCAUUGGACCCUAAUGGAUCGAGACAGGAGAGUAUCUAGUUCCAAAACGUACUACGAAUCAAAGGGAUUAGAAAACAUUGACUGAUGGGCUUUCCAUCACAAACAGGACCUGUGAACCUACGGGAGAAUAUCUGUCUGCUAAAACCUGAAAUUUAUUCUGUGUGUUAUAAUGUAAUUGAGAUAUUUAACAUAAAAUGGAGAACAAAAAUGUGAA